AUGCCGGUCCAAAUCCCGGACGAUUCGGAUUUCGCUUCUUUUAAGGAGCAGUGUGAGAACGACGUGGGCUGGAUAAGCCGCUAUAAUAAAGGAGGAGUGACCGUGUGGUGCCGAGACCAGGACACCAGAACUGUCCAGAAACUUAAGAUGAGAAUUGUGUGUAAGGACGUUCGAGCAGAAACCCUGUACGAUGUGUUGCACGACACGAGCUACCGAAAGAAAUGGGACACCAACAUGAUCGACACGUAUGAUAUCGGGAGACUGACUGUCAAUGCAGAUGUGGGAUACUAUUCCUGGAAAUGCCCAAGUCCACUAAAGAACCGGGACUUUGUCACAAUGCGCUCCUGGCUUCCUCUGGGCAAAGACUACUUGAUCAUCAACUACUCCGUCAAACACCCGCAAUACCCACCAAAGAAAGACUAUGUUAGAGCUGUGUCUUUACUUACUGGAUACUUGAUUCAAUCAAAUGGAGCAAACUGCAGCACUCUUUACUACCUAACACAAGUAGAUCCACGAGGUUCUUUACCCAAAUGGGUAGUAAACAGAGUCUCUCAGUUUGUUGGACCAAAGGCGAUGAGAAAGAUCUACAAGGCAUGUCUGAAAUAUCCAGACUGGAAGCAGAAACACAACCCUAACCUGAAACCCUGGAUGUACCCGGAGCAGAACACGCUUCCGUGUAUCAGCGCGGCUGAGCUCACCGUGCAGAGAGCCGACUCGCUGGAGAACAUUGAUGAGAGUGGCCUGAACGAGGAGAAGGUCCAGCACCACAGUGACGAUGAGGAGACCUAAACCACAAGCCUCUGUACAUUUACACAAGUGUCUGAGUGUGUGUGUGUGUGAGAGUAAA